UCCCCGCUAGGGUAUAGAGCUUUGUACUUACCCGCCAGCCGCUUCAAGCCCUUCCCGUCCGCCCGACCGUCGGUCUUUUUCACGGUGUCACCCACCGCCCGCGAGUAGAGACCCGUGGAUCCCCACACCCUCACCACCAGAUGUGUGUGAAUUUGUAUGAGUGGACGUGUGUGUGUGUGUGUGUGAGGGAGAGAGAAUGGAUGGGAGAGGGUGUGUCAGGGCUGAAUCCCCCCUCUCUCCGUGCUCUGCACUCCCUCUCUGCUGCCUCUCACGACCCUCACCACCUGGGCACUCACUCACCAACUCACCAACUCACCAAUUCACCAAUUCAAAUCGUUCUCCUAUCUUUGCGCACUUGGGCUCUCUCACACUAUCUCUCCGUCGGGUCUUUCACGUCCCUGUAUUCCCUCACGCACGCACGCACGCGUAUCGCAUCCCCCCCAACUUUUUUGGCCCUUAACCACCAACACCCGUCUUUGUCUUCCGCUGCUGAUGCUCCAGAGCACUUCCGCCACCACUCCAACUCAAACUGUGCCGCUUCACCGACCCAACCGUUUCUUCUUCCUCUUCCUCUUCUUCUUCCUUCACCCAUAUACUGGUUCACUUCCAAUCUUUACCCAUUUCUUUCAAGUCCUCUUCAAUCCGCCCGUCAGCAAUCAACACGACACUUCUCUUUGCGCGACGGUGACAUUCGCUGUGGCAAAGUCGUGUUUCAAUUGCUUCUCACCUCGUCCGGAUCAUCUGCGACAUAUAUUACACUCCCAAGCUGCACGCCUGACACAUCCCGGUUGCUGGUCUACCGGUUGUCUCUUCCACAGCUAGUCAUUCACUCGAGCAUAUACCGCCCUCUCCCCAAACGCCAUCGCCUGCAGUUGUGCAACAGCUGCCAACAUACAAACUGGCUCACGUCCCCCAAGAGCUCCAGGCACCUGAUCGCAGGAGCUACAGCAGGAUGUCGGACAUUGAGAAGAUGAUCGGUGGCGAUUACGCCCAGCUCACCAACACAAAUAUCCGAAGCUUCGGCUGGAAGGGCGUCACAGUCACAGUCAAGGACCGUCAGACGCAACAGCCCAAGACUAUUCUUUCCGACAUCAAUGGAUUGGUCAAGUCUGGCGAGCUUCUCGCCUUGAUGGGUCCUUCGUAAG